UUUUUAAAAACCUUGUUUUUCUUGGUCAGGCCGGAAACUUAUCAAUCCACCCUCGUACAUUCCUUAAGUAACUAUUGACAGCAUUAAAUGUCAUGGAAUAGACAAUUUGUAAAUAUAGUUACCCAAAUUGGUUUUAACAUUAGUAAACUAUCCUGCAUCCUUUUUGUAAUGAAAUUGUUCACUAAGGGUACUUCAUUUUGGCCAAAUUUCUCUCACUAUUGUCGCAUGAGUUCGACUUGUAAUGUUAAAACUGACAUUCCACUGUUGACGUUUAAUAACGGAAAAAAGUUUCCAGUUCUUGGUUUGGGAACGUGGCAAUCGAAAGCAGGAGAUGUAACUAAUGCCGUAAUGCAUGCUAUAGAAAUAGGAUAUAGGCAUAUAGAUUGUGCUCAUGUGUAUGAAAAUGAAAAGGAAAUAGGAACGGGUAUUUCGAUGAAAAUUUCUGAUAGAACUGUGAAAAGGCACGAAUUGUACAUCACCAGCAAAUUAUGGAACACUUUUCAUGAGCCCUGUCUAGUCAAACCAGCUAUAGAAAUGUCCCUUUCGAAUUUAAAAAUUGAUUACUUGGAUUUGUAUUUGAUUCACUGGCCCUUUGCGUGGAAAGCAGGUGACGAUCUAUUUCCAAAAACAAACGAAGGAAGAAUUAUUUUUAGUAAAGUAGAUUAUGUGGAUACUUGGAGAGCGAUGGAAGAAGUAUGUAAGAAGGGUUUAACAAUGUCAAUUGGUGUUUCGAAUUUUAAUGAAAGACAGCUAGAUCGAGUUCUUCAAAUUGCUGAAAUACCACCAGUAACAAAUCAGAUUGAACUGCAUCCAUAUCUUACUCAAAAACAUCUGACUGAGUAUUGUAAAUCAAGGUCCGUUACGUUAACUGCGUUUAGUCCUCUUGGAUCUCCAGGUCGUCCAAACCAAUCAAUAGGCGAACCCCAAUUAUUAGAGGACAAAGGUUUGAAAGAGCUCGCAAGGAAAUAUAACAAAACACCUGCGCAAAUAUUGUUAAGAUAUCAAGUGCAACAGGGACGUAUAGUGAUUCCCAAAUCUGCAACUCCAAAGAGAAUUAAGGAAAAUACGGAGAUUUUUGAUUUCGAAAUAUCCAAAAAUGAUAUGGAAUAUAUUCACACUUUUAACAAAAACCUGAGAUACCGUGCAGGCAUUGAAUCUACUGAUCAUGAACAUUAUCCUUUUAAGGCAGUUUCUUGCGCUUACUAAAUUAAGAUAUCGAUAACGAAAAUUGGUAACUAGAGGAUGACUCAACAGUAUUAUUACAUAGCGAAAUUGUACGAAUAAAAGAUUGAAUAUCAUGAUCAACUUUUGCCAUUGUGUACCACUUUGUUGUAAAUUAGAACAAUAAGUAAUUGGUGGAUUGCAAGUAAUGAGAUUUUUAGUAGAUCAUGCAUACUUCGUUUACUUUCUGUAGCGAUGUGACCUUCAGUUUGACCGGCGCAAGGUAGAAAAGAACAG